GCGUCCGUCUCUCACACGCUGCGUCCCGAGGGCCCGGUGAGCAGGAAAAGCAACAAAAACAACAACAGAAAAAGAAAACGGGCCGCGAGAAGAAGCCAGAAGAAGUCUGCUGAGCCAGAACACGAUUAAUGCCGGGAAACAAUGGAUUACUGACAGCUAAGAAACACUGACCUACCUGUUCUCCGGAGCAGAGUCCCAUCACUUUUCAUUUUUACGCAUUUAAGACUCCGCGCAUAAAGGAGGCAACUUUGUGUUUGGAUUUUCCUCCCGAAAGCUGCCAGCGUUUAGGAGGAAUUAUUUUUAUUAUUCAGAAACAUUCAGCCGCAGAUACAUUCUUCUCUUCUGAAGACUUUUCUUUGGGAUGUUGAGUUCUGUGAAGAUGGAAGAGUGGAAUACUUACUACACCGAGGCCAGCGAGAUGUAUUCAUCUCCUACAAGUAUGAACUCUGGUCUGGGCACCAUGGGCUCCAUGAGCACCAUCAAUAGCUACAUCAACCUGAACCCAGCCACUGUGUCGCCCGCUGGUAUGAACAUGUCUUAUCCCCCCACCAGCAUCAGCAGUUCACCACUGGCCUCAAUGGGCUCCGCUCCCAGCCACAUGUCCCUCUCCCCGGUGGCCCCAACCCUCACCUCGGGCUCUCUAACUCAGCUGGGCCCUGCUGCUCCAGGCUCCCUGAGCUCUCUGUCCCACUACCAGGACAUGGGCCCGUCCAUGAGUCAGCUGGGCUACACCUCUCCUGCAACUCUGAACCGAGCGGGGGCAAAGGAGAUUAACCCUAAGCCCUUCCGACGCCCCAUGACCCACGCCAAGCCGCCGUACUCCUACAUCUCCCUCAUCACCAUGGCCAUCCAGCAGAGCGGCAGCAAGAUGCUAACCCUGAAUGAGAUUUACCAGUGGAUCAUGAACCUGUUCCCGUACUACCGUGAGAACCAGCAGCGCUGGCAGAACUCCAUCCGCCAUUCCCUCUCCUUCAAUGACUGCUUUGUGAAGGUGGCGCGCUCGCCAGACAAGCCAGGCAAAGGCUCUUACUGGACUCUCCACCCGCAGUCAGGCAACAUGUUUGAGAACGGCUGCUACCUGAGACGGCAGAAACGCUUCAAGAUUGAGGAAAAGGCUGCAAAAAAAGCAGCCAAGAACCAGGAUGGGGGCUCCGGUAAGGUAGUCCACAGUGUCGAUCACUUGGUGGAGGAUCGCAGCCCUGCAGGUGGAUCAGAGGGAGCAGACUCCACCCACUCAGAUAACUCCCAUCCGGGAUCUUCAGAUGACCAGCCUCAUUCCCGAAACACCCUGGUUCCACUGGAAUGCCCUCCACUGUCCUCCUCACACCUCCACAACCCACCCGUCUCCCUGCCGGCCCCCUCCACCACCUCAUCUUCCAUCUCUCCAUCCUCCAUGUCCCUCACUGGCACGUCCUCUUCUUCCAACCCACUCCUUCACUCCCAGACACUAGCCAGUAGCUCCCACCUCCUGCCAAGUGUCAUGCACCAACACAUGGACAUACAGAGCGACCCCCUCAAGUCCCUCGACCCCCACUACAACUUCAACCAUCCAUUCUCCAUCACCAACCUCAUGUCCAACGAGCAAAAGAUGGACCUCAAAUCCUACCAGGACCAGCUGAUGACCUACAACAGCUACACCGGGGGCUCGCCCGUAGCAGCCAAGCAGAUCUAUGACAGCCCGGGGCCGACCACAAUGGACUCAGGCGCUUACUACCAAACGCUCUACAGCCGCUCAGUGCUCAAUGCCUCCUAAUAUGGACUUUUAGCAACUCCCACACACACGCACACACACAAACCUGUCGGCAGACGAAAGCCAAGAUGGAGACUUCUAUUAAAAUGGACACCAGUGCAUUUGCUAUCACACUCUUUUGGUCCCUCUGCCUCUCUGGACUUCACAGAGACUCACAUCUAAAAUGGCUGCCGUGUUUGGAGGGACUACAGGACACUUUUUUUUCCCUUUUCCCGUCUCUGUCAAACAAGGAGACUCAGCGGUUACACGGAGGCCAGAGGAGACAGUAAGAGGGCUCAGCUCAUGAUGAAGCCAUCUGACUGGUCCGUGUGUAAGUUAAAGUCCAAUCCUGAGAGUUGUGUGUGGCAAAAAUGAGUUUUGUAUCAUAUGUAAAUAGAGGUAAUGAGGAGGGGCGAAAGGAUAUUUGCAUUUAUUUAUGAAGGGAGAAAUUUUAAUAUAUCUUGUAUUGUGCUGUGUCGACCAGUUACAACCCCAGUGUGAGGUUUGGUUUGUAUCCAGAGGAAAGUUUCAGGUUACUGCUUCAGGCGGGUGUUACUGCAACUGGAGACAGUUCACUUCAUUUUAUUGUGAGUGUGUUACAACAUUGGUCAUUUUUUUUGUUUUCACACCGUGAUCUGUCCCGUCUGUCAGAUCGGGCGUCUGUCAAUUUCACGUGUAGCUCAUGAACUCUGUACUUUCCAAAAAAAAAAAAAAGAAAAAAAAAAAGUUUAUUGUUUUAAUUCUUUUGGUUGAUAUGAAGAAAAAAAACCCCAUUUUGCUCCUGCCGGGGCACAGAGUGAAACGAAGUAACAAAAAAAAAAAAAGCAGAAAAAAGGAAAAUCUGGGGAGACGAGGAAAGA